AAGGAUUCCAACUAAACUAUGCAACACGAGUCUUAGUCCUAUCUUUUUUCUCCAAAAAUCAAAAUGAUAAGCUUUGGAAAUUUGGGACAAAGGUCUCUUCUUGCAUUUGCUUUGGUAAUUUGCUUUGUAGCCAGCACUGUUGUUGCUGACUACUCUUAUGAAUACACUUCUCAUUCACCAUCUCCAUACUACAAGAAACGGGAAAAACAUGUUGAACAUUCUCCAUCACAUCACUAUUACAAAUCGCACGCUCCUUCAAAAUAUUACAAGACACAUGUUGUAGCAAAGUAUUACGAGUCACAUGCUCCUUCGAAGCACUAUUACAAGUCACCUGUGGUAGCAAAAUAUUACAAGUCACAUGCUCCUUCGAAGCACUACUACAAGUCACCUAUCGUAGUGAAGUAUUACAAAUCACAUGCUCCUUCGAAACAUUACUACAAGGCACCGGUGGUAGUGAAGUACAAGUCACCAACUCCUUCAAAGAAGUACUACAAAUCGCCAACUCCUUCAAAGUACUAUUACAAAUCACCAUCACCUACAAAGUACUAUAAAUCGUCAUCACCUGCAAAGUACUACAAGUCACCUACUCCAUCGACACAUUAUUACUACAAGUCACCAUCCCCAUCAAAAUAUUACAAAUCACCUACUCUUUCUAAAUACUAUAAAUCACCACCACCACCAAAAUAUUACAAGUCACCAAUUUACUACAAGUCCCCUCCCCCUCCAACAUACUACAAAGAGUCUACACCUUCCUAUAAAUCCCCUCCCCCUUCACCAUACUACAAAGAAUCUACCCCUUCCUACAAGUCUCCUCCCCCUCAACCAUACUACAAAGAAUCUACACCUUCCUAUAAAUCCCCUCCACCUCCACCAUACUACAAAGAAUCUACACCUUCCUAUAAAUCCCCUCCUCCUCUACCAUACUACAAAGAAUCUAAGCCUUCCUAUAAAUCUCCUCCACCUCCACCAAAGUACUAUGAGCAAUCGCCUACAACCUAUAACUCACCACCUCCACCACCUCAGAAGUACGAGCAAUCUGUCACCUAUGCUUCACCUCCACCCCCACCAGUAUACUACUAAACAUUCAAGAACUCUAUAAUUUCCAUGACUUUUACCUCCUACUUUGAUCCCAUUUCCUAUUCCAAAAUUUUAAUGUACGCUUGUCGAACUUUGCUUAAUGUGUGUUCGAUAUUGUUUUGUUCUAAUUAUUUUGUAUUAUGUAUUACUUGAGAAUUAAUUAAGUCAUCCUCAUUGUAUCGAGAUUAAUAGUUUGUUACGAAUCUUCACUUCUUUGCUUAAUAUUGUAUCCAAAUAAUUAAUUUAAAUGAGGUGGUAUACUGGUAUUGUCGCUUAAAGAAUUU